AUGACGUCUUCCGCGCUGGCUUCCGCCACGGGUGCGGCCGGCCGGUCCGUCGCCCGCAUCCAGCGUCACCAGCUCCGUCCAACCUCCGCCGCCGCAGAGGCAUCCUUCAUAAGCCCUCGGUACCUCCCCCUCCUCGUCCUCCUCGCGGUGGCCGGCGUCGCCUGGGACUCCCAAUGGCUCUUCCCCUCCACGCCCGCCUCCGCCGACCCGGCCGAGCAGACCGUCCUCGGGUCUGCCCGCAGGUUCGUCCCCUUCGCCGUCGUCGCCCGCGAACAGGUUUCCCCGACCUCCUUCAUCCUGACCCUCAAAGCCCCCGCAAACAAGCUCCCCGGCGUCGCCUCCCUCUGGAACGUCUUUGAUCUGUGGUGCGUCGAGGUCAAGCAGCCCCAGAUCCAAGUCGCGCGGGAAUAUACGCCCCUUCCUCCCCCGCCGGACGCGGCAGCAGACGAGGACGACACGCUGAGGCUGUACGUCCGCGCGGUGCGAGGCGGCGAGGUGUCGACGUAUCUCAGCCGCCUGUCGCCGCCUUCUCCGGACGGCGCCGUUGCGGGGGACACGGUCGAGCUCCGCGGCCCGCAUGGCGAGUUCGACUUGGGCUCGCGCCUCGGCGGGCGGGGCGACCGCGUCGUGUUCCUCGCGGGCGGCACGGGCAUCGCCAGCGCCCUGCAGGCCGCCCACGCCGUGCUCCCGUUGCCCCGGGCGCCGUCGAUGACCAUCUUCUGGGCCGUGCGUAGCCGCGACGAGAUCUAUCGGGGCGGCGGGAGCUUGUCUCCGACAAACCCGUCGUCGCCGUCGUCCUCAUCAGCGUCGUGGUGGAAUUGGAGCUGGAAUCCCUUUUCAGGACGCUCGUCGGAGGGCCCUGGAUCCUGGUCCGGCAUCCGGGCCGAGGCGCUGACCGUGGGAACCGAGGACCCUUCGCCCGUCAGCAGGGAGCUCCUGGCGUUGAAGGAGAAGUACGGCGACAGGCUCGAUGUGCGCGUCGUGAUCGACCAGGAGGGCACCGCCGUCCGCGACUCGGACCUGGCCGCUUCUCUCACGUGCCGCCCAGGCGGUCCCGAGACGACGCACUCCGUCGAAGGGUGCCGGUUCCACUCGCAGACGGCGCACCUCGGCAUGGUGGACGGCGCGCCCAACGCCGGGAAGCGGGGCCUGUUCCGGCAGAGCGACUGCGCGUGCUCCUCCUCCGCGACGUCGGCGGCGCCGGGCAAGAACGUGUUCGUGGUGUCCGGGCCCGAGGGCUUCGUCGAGGCCUACGCGGGAGCCAAGGUGUGGCGGGAUGGCGGGCAGCUGCAGGGCCCUGUGGGCGGCAUGCUGGGCGCGCUGCAGAGGAAGAACCCCGACACCCUGAAGGACUGGAUCGUCCUCAAGCUGUGA